AUGGCAGUCGGCGAGCAACACCCUUACAAGGAGGAGAGGAUGGAGGUGGGUCUACAGGAUGAUAGCGUGUCUGUCGCUGAGUUGCAAUGGCUACACGACCUCGUAGCAGUGACGACAACAAUCGACAGAGUUGCUAUGGAAUUCCUCCAGGAGAUUACCAGGAAUGCAUGGAUUCAAUACGAAUACUUUAGAAGGCUUGAAGAGAAUCUUGAUGUUCUGAGAACCGAAAUGCAAGAGUUGGGCACCCAGGGGACUGAUAUAAUUAUUGCACUGAACGCAGAAGAGGUAGUGCAUGGAAAGAAGCCAAAGGCAGAGGUGAGUUUAUGGCUGGAAAAUGUGCAAAAGAUUACAAGAGAAGUGAGUAAGAUAGAAGAAGUUUAUGGUGAAGUAGGGAGAGAUUUCUCAUUCACACGUAUUGCAUUGGGAAAGCAUGUCGUAAAAAAGAUUGAAGAGGUGUUGAAGCUUAAGGAAAAAGGUCGAUUUUCAGAAGGGUUACUUGCUGAUCUAUUACCUGAAAGUGGGCGUAUGCCGACGACAAAACUGCUGGGUAGAACGAUAGCCGAAAGAAAUUUGGAACAGAUUUGGGAGUCCUUGAUAGAUAAUGAGGUCAAAACUAUAGGUGUCUAUGGUAUGGGGGGCGUUGGCAAGACGACGAUCAUGACCCACAUCUACAAUAAAAUAAAGAGCUCUGGAACAUUGGGCACUGCCAUCUGGGUGACAGUGUCUAAUAAUUCUAGUAUUAAGAGACUGCAAAAUGGUAUUGCACGGGCAAUAGAAUUGGACAUUUCUGAUAAAGAUGAUGAAAUGAGAAGGUCAGUGAAAUUGUUUGAGGCUUUGAAAUGUUGGGAGAAGUUUGUUAUCAUCUUAGAUGAUAUGUGGAAACCAUUUCUAUUGGAAAAGGUAGGGAUUCCUGAGGGAAAUGCAUACAAAGUAGUACUGACUACUCGAUCGAAAAAUGUGUGCAGAGGCAUGAAGUGCCAAAAAAAGUUUGAAGUGGAGGUUCUUUCGAGAGAAGAAGCAUGGACAUUGUUCAAGGAAAGUUUUGGGGCGGAUGUAGUGCUUUCUAAGGAAGUAGAACGGAUUGCGAAGCUUGUGACUAAAGAAUGUGGUGGUUUGCCACUUGGAAUCAUCAUGGUAGCAUGUGCGAUGAGAGAAAAGGAUGACGUUAGAGAAUGGAGAAAUGCAUUAAAUGAUUUAAAAUGUUCAACGACGGAGAUUGAAGAGGACUCUGCAUUCCGUGAUGAAGAUCUAGUAAAGUAUUGGAUAGCAGAAGGAUUGAUAGAUGCCAUGGGAGACUGGGAAAAGGAACAAGACAAAGGCCACAUAUAG